CUUCCACCGGACAGUAUGGAGGGCGGGACGGCGAGGGAGAUGGCGGCAGCCAAGACUCUGAGUGCUGCGUUGGCUCCAGACAGCGAGGAGGUUGCCUGGAAGGACGAGGAGAUGUGCGUGGUGGGCAUAUUCGGAAAGACGUCGGAGCUGAGCGCAGAGAAGUACGCCAUCGUCAACACGCUGUGCGACAAGCCGGUCUUCCCCUUGUACCCGUCACUUGUCAAUGACAAUCACCAGGGCAACAACUUACUGCAGAGCUACUACAACCAGGACAGCAAGGUGCUCUACCUGUUACUUACCGCCGUCUGCGACAACCACCAGCUGCUGCAGGCCUGCAGGGCCUUGGCAGACGACGUCUCCCAUGCCGAAGCCCACGAGUACUGGAAAGGAGAGGAGAAGCUCCACUGCAUCCACCUGCUCUAUCUCUUCUCCAUCUCACACAUCCUCCUCUUGGUCCACCCCACCUGCUCCUUUGACAUCACUUACGACCGUCUCUUCCGAGCUUUGGACAGCCUCAGGCAAAAGGUUCUUCCCUAUCUAAAGAGCACGAUUAAGGAUUGUCCGGUAGGGAAGGAAUGGAGAUUGAAUUGUAGACCCUGCCCUCCAAGGCUGCUCUUUGUUUUCCAGCUGAAUGGAGCUUUGAAGGUCGAGCCCAAGUGUCUAGACCCUUCUAAUCUGGAUAAACCCAAAAAGCACUCUCCCAAAAGGAGACUCCAGCAUGCCCUGGAGGAUCAGAUUUACAGAAUUUUCAGAAAGAGCAGAGUGCUGACCAACCAGAGUAUUAACUGUCUGUUUACUGUUCCUGCCAACCAAGCGUUUGUUUAUGUGGUAGCUGGGCAGGGGGACGAUCCCAUCAGUAUGAUGAUUGGGCAACUGAAGAACAACUGUGCCAUCAGGGAGCACGAAUCCCUCCCAGUUCCUGGGUCACGACGUUAUCAGAUGAUGAAGCACGUCCGUCAGCCAUCUUUCAUACUAGAAAACAGCCUCAACAGCUCCAGCGGGCAGCUGGUGGAUUGCACGUUGAAGGAGUUUCUGUGGCAACACGUGGAUCUGGUUCUGACUAAAAAGGGUUUUGAGGAUAGUGUCGGGAGGAAUCCACAGCCAUCACAUUUUGAGCUUCCUGCCUACAAAAACUGGCAGGCUGUAGCCUCAAAACUCUACGAGGUGAUGAUAAACUGGAGGGAGGACGAGCUGGGAUUUCUUUCUGGUGAUCUUUCCUCCAAGAUACAAGUACAGCUAAAAGGACUUGAAGGAUUUUUAGAUGCAGAUAAUAAGUUUUCUGAAAACCGCUGCCAAAAGGCCUUACCUCUGGCUCACAGUGCCUAUCAGUCUAACCUUCCUCACCAUUACACAACGACUAUCCACAAGAACCAGCUGGCACAGGCCCUCCGUGUUUAUAGUCAGCAUGCCCGUGGACCGGCCUUCCAGAAAUAUGCCAUGCAGCUGCAUGAAGAUUGCUACAAGUUCUGGAGUAACGGGCACCAGUUGUGUGAAGAGAGAAGCUUAACGGAUCAACAUUGUGUUCACAAAUUUCAUCUACUGCCUAAAUCAGGAGAGAAACCUGAGCCUGAUAGGAAUCCACCCGUGCUGUAUCACAACAGCCGUGCGCGUUCCACCAGUUCCUGCAACUGUGGUCGCAGGCAAGCCCCUCGUGAUGAUCCCUUCGACAUCAAGUCAGCCAAUUAUGACUUCUACCAGCUUCAGGAGGAGAAAUGUUGCGGGAAGCUCGAACGCUUCUACUUCCCCAUCUUCCAGCCUAGCACCCCCGAUCCAGCUCCAGCCAAGAACGAUUCAACUGCGUCCACUCUCCCCCCACAGGAGGGCGAAGGAGAGAAAAUGAAAGAGAAAGAGGCCCAGACUCAGGGCGAGAGCACCAGUCUCAGUUUAGCACUUAGUCUUGGACAGUCCUCAGACAGUCUGGGUACAUUUCCCCCUGAUCCGCAUGCAGGAGGUGAUAACCCUGAUGCUCAUGGCCAGGGGGGUGAAGCUAAACCAGAGAAGAGGCCCAGCGUUGUCGAUCGGCAGGUCUCAACAGUGGAGUACCUUCCUGGAAUGUUAAAUUCUAGCUGCCCAAAGGGACUUUUGCCUAAAUUUUCCAGUUGGUCCUUCAUCAAACUUGGCCCUUCCAAAGCUUACAAUUUUCACAGAGGCUUGGACCAGUGCGGCUUCAUACCUGGGACAAACUAUCUGAUGCCAUGGGACAUAGUCAUAAAGACCAGGUCCGACGAUGAGGUGGACAUGGACAGUAAUUCUUGGCCAGCCCCCAACAAGUCUGUACCGGUCAAGCGCGCCAGCACUGUGAUCGGCCGAGGUAGACGCAGGGAUGACAUCGCUCGGGCAUUUGUUGGCUUUGAGUACGAGGACUCUCGCGGCCGCAGGUUUAUGUGCUCUGGUCCGGAAAAGAUCAUGAAGGUAAUGGGGAGUGGGCCAAAGGAAUCCGCCAUCAAGGCCCUCUCCUCGGACAUGCCCCUGUACAUUCUGUCUCCCUCCCAAGGCCGAGGACUUAAACCACAUUAUGCCCAACUCAUGAGGCUGUUUAUUGUGGUUCCUGAUGCUCCAUUACAGAUCAUGCUCACACCACAGGUACAGCCUGGCCCUCCACCGUGCCCUGUGUUUUACCCUGAGAGACAGGAAAUACCUGUGCCGCCGGAUGGACUCUGGGUGCUCCGCUUUCCUUAUGCUUGUGUAACGGACCGUGGACCCUGCUUCCCCCCGAAAGAGAACCAGCCACUGAUGAGUUACCGGGUGCAGCGAGGAAUCCUUAAAGCUAUCCCACAGUGAUGAUAUCAGCCUUAGUAACUAUGCAAUGCUUAUCUCCUUUUCCAAAAAGUUCUCUUUCCCCUCAUCUGCCUUUCAACAGAGUGAUACUAACUCGAUGGAUCAAACAGUGAACUGCUGCAAAAAGUUACGGUUGAAUCGAAUCUUCUUGUAACCAUGAAUCAUUUUCUCACUAAACUAGCUAUGUCGAUAGAGUCAAUUUGCAAAAUCUGAGCAUGCAUUUUCUGACCACAAGUAUUAAGGACUCCACUCAAACCAGACCCCAAAACAAGAGUCACUGCAGUACACCCAAUGCUGUCUGACCAUGCAGAUCCUAAUAAAGUUUGAUGUAAUUUACUUUCA